AAUUCAGGAAGGAAGAAAAGGAAAAUUAAAAGAGUAAAAUGGCAUCCACUCGAUUUGCAAGGGAGCGUGGUCGCCACAAGUUCAUUGGCUUCGCUCAAUUUUUAUAAGAUAAUCACUGUUCCUCCACAGCCAACAGGAGUACAACAAUCGAGUUUAUGCAUUGAAUUUCCACUAGACAUUGAUUUAUCAAUAUUUAUCAAACUUUGGCAGUUUCAAUGGCGUCCUUGACUAGCACGAUUCAAUCUGGAUUAUUCUCGUACGGCAGACCCACGACAACAGUUGCAGCAAGGCCACGGCGGAUGGUGGUGGUGAAAGCCGCGGAGGCAAUCAACCCAGACAUCAGGAAAACUGAAGAAAAAGUGGUGGAUUCAGUCAUUGUCACUGAACUCGCCAAACCCCUCACUGCCUACUGCAGGUGUUGGAGGUCUGGGACUUUUCCUUUAUGUGAUGGAAGCCAUGUGAAGCACAAUAAGGCUACUGGAGAUAACGUUGGACCUCUGCUCCUCAAGAAGCAGUAAAUAACGUCUGCUUCAUUUGUGUGAUGAAGAGGUUUUUCAAUCGUAAAAAUAUUACUAUUAUAUGCUCUAUUGUUCGAAUAAAUGAAGCAUUCUGAGGUGUUCUUUAGCUAUGACUUCUGAGUCAGCUAUGAUUUCUUAUUCCCCUAUUACUGUGAAACUUAGAUACUCCAUCUACUAGAAUAUAUGAAGUUCAGAGGAACUUUUGUUGAUUUGUGUUGCAGUUCCCCGAUUUCACCAGUUCAGAAUAUAGAACCUCCUGGUCGAGGUUUGACUCUCUGAUAUGAUUAAAUGCUACAUAAGUUGUUUGCAGCUUAAUAAAUCCAAAAGUCAUAUGAGCAUUGAAGUGUGGUUUUAA